AUGCAGCCUAUCUCUGAUGGCCGCAUGUCAGCGCGGCAAGCAUGGAAUCGAGCUUGGAACGUGAACGUUGUCGGUGCUCACAUAAUGACCUCAACUUUUCUUUCCCUGAUUCGCAAAUCCCAUGAUGGAAGGGUGAUAUUCAUCACAAGCGGCCUGUAUUCACUGACAAUCACUCAGGAUCUUUCUGAUCCACGCAACCUCGAGGGAUUCACGGUCUAUCGAUCAACCAAGUGUACCCUGAACAUGUUGAUGCUACAGUGGAGGUGGGAGCUCAAGUCCGAUGGGAUCAAAGUGUGGGCUGUUGCACCCCGGUUCAUGGCCACCAAUGUGGGUCAUGACGAAGAGGGACGGAAAAAGCCGGGGGCGCAGAAUCCCUCCGUCGCUGGAAGAGUCGCUGGAAAGACCAUCUGUGGAGUGAUUGAAGGGAAAAGUGACUUUGACAUGGGCAAACUGGUUCGGGAUUAUGACUCUCUGAUUCUUCCGUGGUUUAAAUACCCUUUUCUCAUCACAUUAUCAUUCUUGAAAGCCAGACAUCAAAGAGUGCAGUCGACACCUGUGUUACCUAUCGUUCCUAAAUGA